UUGUGACUAGCGCCACACACAUCUUUGUUGUUUAUUAAAACCAAUUGCACUGAGCAAGAUGAAAACUGAAAAUGACCCUUGGAAAUGUCUUUCAUCUUGAACUUGCAUGAGUUUAAUGGUUUAUUGCCUCGGAAAUGGCUUGGAGCUGUUUAAGAAUGCAGCCCGCCGUACUAGAGCGAUAAAUACACUCGUGGUCAGAUAAGCGGAUCCAAGCGCGCCUGUGAUAACAUAUUCAGAAACGACGAAAUCCAAGACAUGAGUCGCGUAUUCUUACUAACCCAAUACACGCCCCACGCAACAGAAAUGUCAUCCGCUUGCAACGAAGAAGAUUCCUCAUCCACGCUGGCCGAGAACAACGACAGUGAAUACUAUGAAGUAGAAGUAUUUAAAUCGCAGGUUGUAACCGUGGCCUCGUGUGGUUUAAAAGAAGACUUGGGAACUGUAGAGAAUAUACGAUAUAAAAGCUGUGGUGAUCCGACUGUUGUUGUGGAAGCUAACAAUGGCGCGACAAGUUCACCCUUACCUGAGGAAACUAAUGGCAAAAAAACUGUUGCUAUUACCAGCAGUACAGAACAUAAAACGAGGCGAUUUAAACGGAUUUCUCUUCCUCAGUGGCUUCUCAAGCCCAGCAGAAAAUCUUCGCAUAACUCAUCUCGAAUACGAAGAAUAACAGGCCCGAGUGGAAAACACAGAAUUUUACGGAUUAACUCGGCACCCAAAACUCUCGGUCCAAGCGGAAACGGUUUUGCCCAUUAUGGCGACGAUGAUAAAUUCCACAUUUUUCACAAGGGCUCAUCGAAAGACAGAGGACAUCAACACAGCUUAUCGGAAUUAAAACCCGUCAAAGAAACGCGAAAAAUUAGAAGGAUUUCACUGCCUGCUCAUGUGUUGGAAGUGGGAUCACCAGCUGUAGAAACUUCCACGCCUCGCACCCCAGAGCCAACUAGACGGAAUAUAUUCGAUGAAUUAGACGAAAAAUUUAUUCAUUCUUUGCGAAUGGACGAUCCACGAGUCGCAAUUAAAACAAGUUCAAAACCAGGGGCCGCUGGCGAGGAAAAGGUUGAUAGUCCAUCCCAUGAAAACAACAAAGUGGCCUCUGUAGAUCACGAAGGGAAAUUGCCAUCGCCUCGUGGAACGCGCGAGGGAUCCGCUCAAUUUAAAAAUGUGCGGAAAGAGAGUUCCGGAUCAGUAAUUUUUAAACCAUCGCGCCCGGUACUUAAAUUGCACAAGUUUCACAACCCGGACAUAUUUUACGUUCCUUUGCCAGAGGAUGAUUCGCAGAACUUGGACGCUUUGCCACAAAAAUUGUGCCGCGCGCGGCUGAUCAAGCCGAAGAACGAAAACUACAUGAUACAAGAAUGUGUUCGGGAGGAAUUACAAGCGUUUCUACACGACAAGCAGUUUUGUAGUCGAUCUUGCCAACAAUGGUGUCUGGAACUGAGCCAAAACAUUAAAACCUGCGUUCACAAAAUGAAGGAUUGCGAAAGUAAGAUCGCUUGUGUGGUUUACAUUGGCGCGCUUCGUGAACACGGUAUCCACGCGGCCACUCAGUGUAUAUGGGUACCGAAUGAAGACAAUUUUAUAACAGUGAAAUUCAAAAAUAGUUCAAUGAUGGCUAUAGCAUCGGUUCUAGCGAUCAAAUAUGAAUAAAUUCCUCUUUCAGCGAUACCCAGUCGUUGACAAGACUGUCCGGCGCUUAUUACUUAGCGUUAAGCUUCAAACAAGCGAAGUGCUAAAUAAAGAAAUCUGUUAUUCCUAUCAUAUGGUAUUCGUGGAGUCCAUUCAAAUCAAAUGAUCGUUACCACAAACUCAGAAAGCCUUAAUUAGAGUGCUAACGAGCUAUUUAGAGUGCAGUUAAGUUGAAAUGUUGCAACAUUUACAGAUCACAAGAUGUUAUCCUGACACGGGUUUCUUUUACAAAUGUUUCAAGUGGUAUUAGUUACCAUAAUUGUUUGACACGGAUCGAUUUCAAGACCUUUACCAUUUCAGCAGACGACAUUCUCAAAAUACUUUCUAACCUGUGUCGAGAUAAAAUCAGUUUUCCGGAGCUGAAAAAGGUAUGUUUCUCGGGCGUGAUUAGAGAAGUAUUUUCCACUGAUAAGAGACCAAUGACCUUAACAUUUUUUAGCAUAGAUUCUCAAUGAAAGUAUCAUAUAAACUUUUGUUCCAAGGCCCUUGCAAAUUGAAAAUACGCAACCAGAUUCGUUAACGCUGAAUAAUCCCACUCCGUGUUCCCCCUAUCGCUUAACUGACUGGGCUGGCUAUGAGCACGUAAUCAUCCAAUAAAAUUACGAGAAACUGAAUUUCGGCUUGGUUAAAUGCUUCAGAAAAAAUGAAUACAUCAAUAAAUAAAUGAAUGAAUAAA